AAUGCCCCUCCCUUGGCUUUGAGCACAGCCAUGGGGCUGAGCAUCCUCCUCCUGCUGUCACUCUGCUUCCCAGGGCUCCAAGGCCAAAGCCCUGAUGCUGAGGAGACACGAAGGGAGGGCAGCAGCUUGCUCCUGGAGUGUCCUUACACAGCCCCGCGGGGCCAGCAGCAGCAGCUGAGGGGCUGGGGCCGGGUCACAGGUGAGCAGCUGGAAAUCCUAGCAGAGAUCUGGUCUGCUCCAUACCCAACCUCAGAGGAGGUCACAGUGAAAAAAGUCACUCUAAGGGAUGACAGCAGGACCAGGAGAGUGACCAUCAUCAUGAAGAACCUCCAGGCAGAGGACUCAGGCACCUACUGCUGCAGCCUCCGCACCUCCCCUUACGAGCAGUACCUGGCACAGAAGACUCUCUCACUCAAUGUGUACAAGGAGCUGCACAAGUGGGAGCUGGACACAGUCUCUGUGCAGUGCAGGUACAGCCACGCGGAGCACAGAACCGCGCCCAGAGUCUGGUGUCGAAGAGGUCCAAGUGGGUGUCACACCUGGCUGAGCACAAACUCAACUUGGACCAACAGCAGAGCCCUGGGAGGCAGAGCCCUGAUGCAAGACGACAUCCAGAGUGGAACUGUGGCUGUCACCAUGAGGAAGCUGCAGGCUCGGGAUGCUGGCACCUACUGGUGUGCGCUGCAGGGGGACCGGCAGCUCGCCCGGCUUGUAGAGGUCAGGCUCUAUGUGUCCAAGAGGACAGAGCUCUGCACGGCCAAGGAGUCAGGCAAGGUCUCUGUGCAGUGCCUGUACAGCUCCUCUGAGCACAGCCCUGGGAGCAAAGCCUGGUGCAGAGCAGAAGCUGGGAAGCCAUGCACCCUGCUGGCCAGCACGGACACCGAGUCCCCACGGAGCCACAAGGGGUCUCAAGGCAGAGUCACCAUCCAGGACGACUCCCUGCAGGGGAUUGUCACUGUCACCAUGAGCAGCCUGCAGGCACAGGACUCUGGUGUGUACUGGUGUGCCCUGCAGGAGCAGGACCAGCUCCUGCGCAUGGUGGAGGUGACUCUCAGCGUUGCCCAGGCUUCAAACAGAACCACUUUGUCAGCUGCAGCAAACUCCAGCCAGGCAACUCCUGCUGCCAUCACCCUGGCACCAAGCUUGAAGAUCUUCCUCCUGCUCUCUCUGGUCCUGAGCAUCCUGCUCAUCCUGACCCUCGUGGUCUCAGCAGUGCUGUGUGUCUGGUGGUGCAAGCAGCUGAGGAGGAGAGGUAACAGCCGAGGAGAGGACACCUGUGGCAAAGCAGAGGGCAUGGCACAGGAUGGCAGCAGUGAAAGGAAGGAAAGCCUCAAGGGUGACAGCAAAGACCUAAAAUAUGCUACCCUGGACUUUGAAGCCCAGCCCAGCACUGAGGAUGCUCUCUACUGUAACAUUGAAGCAAGUCAGGCUCACAGGAGGCCCAGAGAUGAUGAAGUCCAAUAUGCCAUCAUUGGGCUCAAGGAGCUGCCAGCCUGUGGCAGAGGCUGAAGCACAGAAGCCCCAAACAGCCCAGAAACAGGAGAAAAGAAGUGGAUUACAAAGUGGGAAUGGGGAGGAGAGAUGUGUGGCUGGAGACUGGGGGGAGAUCCAAGUCUCUGCUGCUGUGUCUGUCUUGCCUGUGCAUGUGCAAAGCCUUCCUCCUAUUAGAGGCCAGUAGAGAACUCUGCCAAGAGUGUCCAGAGGCUCCUGAGGCAGAGAGAGAUGCUGGGUGGCUCUCAGCAUCCCUUGCACAUCUGCUUCCUUCAGUCCA